CUAAUCUUUAUCUGGGUUGUUCUCAUUCUUUAUUUGGGGUUGCUUGUUUUUGUGUUUUAUAUGUAAUUUGAGCUGAUUCUUGUGUGCUUCUGCUGUUCAUUUUGAUGUGGGUGUUGCUUGAUUGGUGGGAAAUGUUGUGUGUUUUUAGCUUCAAUUUUGCUGUAGUUUUGAUGUUUGGUGAUUUAGAGUGUGUUUUUUCGUUGCUAAAUGAAAUGGUUUGAGGGGUUUUGCAAAGAGAUGAAUGUCUGUGGUGCUUAGGUUGUGAUCAUUGUUAGUUCAAUUCAGCUGUGCAUGCAUGUGAUGGUUUUUUACUAUAGCACAUUGAUUAAGGGCUUGUUCUGCUGAAUUGAUAGAGAGGAAAAUGUAAUCCUUAUUGCUUUAAUUAUUCCAAAUGGCUUUAGUUAGUCGAGUGACUAUGAGCAUUUGUAUGGCUAGUUUCAACUUGAUUAAAAGGUCUAUUGAAAUAAAAAUUAAGGAUUCCUUGAUAGCAAUUAUGCUGUUUUCCUUAACUGGUUGAAUUUUGACUUAAGUUUUAGUAUAUUAAUUUUUUUACGUCAAUAGCUUUGAUAUGAAUGAAAUGCGUAGGUCGUAGUUGGAAGUGAAGCACAUGGUCUAAUUUUCCGUAUCUCGCAACUUGUCUUACUUUGACAUAAGCCUUUGUAAUCAGAUUCCGUUUGAGGGCUUUAAAUACUUCCCACACAUAUAUAUUCAGCAUAUCGUCUAAUUUUCCGUAUCUCGUAACCUGUCUUACUUUGGAAUAAGCCUUUGUAAUCAGAUUCUGUUUGAGGGCUUGGUUUAAAUCCUUUUCACACAUAUAUAUUCAGCAGAUCGUCUAAUUUCCCGUCUCUCGUAAUCUGUCCUACUAUGGCAUAAGCCUUUGUAAUCAGAUUCCGUUUGAGGGCUUGGUUUAAAUCCUUUCCCAUAUAUCUAUAAUCAGCACAUGGUCUAAUUUCCCGUUUCCCGUAACCUAGUUCGGAAAGCUUCUGAAAGAUAUGCGUUGCUUUACGUUAUAUUAGUCAACAUAGUGUAUUCAUAUCUGUCUAUUUGGAUGCAAUUUUUUUGCUGAACAUGUCCUACUACAUUAAUAGCGUACCUUACUGCAGACUUAGUCCUGAUGUUCAUUUUAGAUUAGCCAAUUAUCUACUUUAGGCUGCUAACUUCAUUCAAAGGUUAAUUGUAGUGAUUUUCUAGAAAUUAUUAGGUCAGUACUUGUCUCUGCAAAGUCAGUCCAUGUUUAGUGCUCUCAAUGAUUUUAUUUCUUGUGUUCUUUCCACCAUUUAAUUUCGAGGGAGCUUUCUUCUUUCUUACACAUUAAUUUAGAUGAGUUUUAUGGAUAUAAUUGCAGCAUUCCGCUUUGCACCCUCUUUCUUCUUUCGUACACAUUAAUUAUGCUAGGUCUUCACAAGCUAGUACCAUGUACGUAAUAAAUGAUUAUUUGCAACUAAAACAGUGUCUGAUUUACUUUUUCAGCGAAUGAAGUAGUUAAUCAGUUAACUAAGUUGACAUCUAUGUGAAUGCAUGUUUUAGAAAGCUCCAGCACAUUAUGGAAUAUGUGAUCACAUUUGAUGCCUGGAGGUCAUGAUAUUCCCCUGUUGUUGCUGGCUUGAGAUGUACAACCCCGUUUGCAAUGAUGAAAGAAAACGGUUCACUGUCCAGUAAAAUGCUUAACGGAGACUGGGUCUUAAAACGCAAGCGUCGGAAACUACCAUCUGGACCUGACACAUCGAAUGGCAAAGAAAAGGCUUCAAAACCCUUGGAUUUAUCGUCAAGUAACUCAUCCAAAAGUCGAGUGAAGAGUGAAAUCACUUCAAGUCGUUCUUCUUCUAGCAAGAAGAAAGGAAAUGAUGGGUACUAUUAUGAAUGUGUUGUUUGUGAUCUUGGUGGAAAUUUGCUUUGUUGUGAAAGCUGUCCGCGAACCUACCAUCUUCAGUGUCUGGAUCCUCCUCUAAAGCGUAUACCGACCGGAAAGUGGGAAUGUCCUAGUUGUUAUCAGAAGAAGGAUCCCCUUGAGUCUGUUAAUCACCUAGAUACUGUUGCCAAACGAGCAAGAACGAAGGUUACAGGUGGAAAAGCAAAAAAUGAAAAUAGAUCAUCUGGAAUCUCCAAGGUAUCCCUAAUAUUUGAAAGCUCCAUUCCUGGUAAGAGAAGAUCCUCGGCAAGAGAAAAAACACCUUUAUCACAUCGCAACCCAAUGGAGAAGCUGGGUACUUCCCCCAAUGAUGUUUCUUGUGAUAUUAAAUCAAGUCAUCAUUCCCAGCAUGGUGCUGCGGAUGAUAAGUCAUCGUACGCAGGUGUUGAUAAUGAAAAGGAGGUGCCUCCUGCUGCAGAUACUCCAGUUGAGAAGGAAGUGCCUUCUUCUGAUACACCAGUUGAGAAAGAGGUGCCUUCUGCAGAUACUCCAGUUGAGAAAGAGGCGCCUUCUGCAGAUACUCCAUUGGAGAAGUCGAGCUCUUCCAUGAAUGAAGCGACACCCUUUUUAAAUUUAUCAGAUUCAAAGAAAAAUGAAAAAGCCUCUGAAAAGAAGCCUGACUUACCUUCUAGUGAUAGAUCUCCAGGUGAUGAACCUGUAGCUAUGUCGGAGGCUGCUUCUAGGAAAGACAGGAAAAGAAAACCUAAUUUUUACAACAUUGACAGCCAGAGCAAAUCUAGGACUGACAAGGGAAAGCGAGCUGCUGAUAAUUCUAGAAAGUCAGGUUCAAAGUCAAGUAAAUUGCAGAAAAAACGUAAGCGUUUUGAUCAUCAGCCUUCAGUGGCUCCGUCAAAAAGGGAUGGGAGAGAUAUGGUUGAAGUCCAGCUUAAAGAUGAGUUGGUUUCUGAAGAGGCUGCUCAGCCAUCAGAUCUGUCUCGUGAAAAAGGAAAAGUUGCUAGUGAAUCAUUGAUAUAUGAUAAUAAUGAUCUCGAUCUUCAACAGGUUGAUAGGGUUCUGGCGUGUCGAGUACAAGCUGAUAGUAAUAGUUGUUCUCAUGAUAUCACCGGAGCAAAUGCAAAUGACCCUCCAUUGGAAGAUUCAGCAAGUUUAGCAGAUAGAGAGAAAGUAAAUGAUGGAAAACCUAGCUGUGAUGUGCCCGUAGUUGAGGAAAGUAUACAGUAUUCGGGCAGUGGCUCUCGGGAAAUUUUGGACAUUACUGAUGAAGUAAGGAGCUCAAAGGAUGAUAUCAGAAAGAAUAAAAUUCAAGUGUACAGAAGAUCGGGUAGCAAAGAAUGCAAAGAAGGAACUGGCACAUUGAAAGAAGACCCUCAAGGUUCAGUAUCUGAAGGUGCAAUCAACACAAAUGAAGAAGACACUGCUGUGAAUGCUGAUGACCUGGCUAAUAUGCAGAAUACUUCUGGAGAAAGCAGUGACUCCACUGAGAAGAACUAUAAUGGCCGUGCCAACUCGAAGGAUAAUGUCACAUCUGGGAUUCAUGAAGUUGGAAAUGGCAAGGGGAUAGAUGAAAUGAUUACUACAGAUACCAGCUCUUUGAAGGGAAGUAAGGAGACUGUCUUGGGUAAGCUGCCACCCUCUACUGGUGUAAAUGUCUUCUAUGAGUAUCUUGUUAAGUGGGUUGGAAAAUCACAUAUUCAUAACUCUUGGGUCCCUGAAUCUAAACUGAAAGUUCUGGCAAAAAGAAAACUGGACAACUACAAGGCAAAGUAUGGGACAACAACAAUAAAUAUUUGUGACGAAAGGUGGAAGAUGCCUCAGCGGAUAAUUGCAACUCGACCUGGUACAGCUGGUUCAGCUGAAGUUUUUGUGAGAUGGACUGGCCUUCCUUAUGAUGAAUGUACCUGGGAAAAAAUAGAGGAACCUGUGAUUGCAAAAUCAUCUCAUUUGAUUGAUCAAUUCAAUCAGUUUGAAUCCCAAGCAUCGACUAGAAAUGCUACCAAGGAUGAUGUAGUGAGCAAAAGGAGAGAAUUCCAUCAGAAUGAUAUAGUCACUCUGACAGAGCAGCCUAAAGAACUGCAAGGAGGCGCAUUAUUUCCACAUCAAAUGGAAGCCUUAAAUUGGUUGCGCAAAUGCUGGCAUAAAUCCAAAAAUGUUAUUCUUGCUGACGAGAUGGGGCUUGGGAAGACAGUAUCAGCUUCUGCUUUCUUAUCAUCAUUGUAUACUGAGUUCAAUGCUGCGCUUCCCUCUUUAGUUUUGGUUCCUCUAUCCACAAUGCCAAACUGGAUGGCAGAGUUUCAGUUAUGGGCUCCACACCUAAAUGUUGUAGAAUACCACGGGAGUGCUAAAGCAAGAGCUGUGAUUCGCCAAUUUGAAUGGCAUGCAAGUGAUCGAAGUAAUCUGAGUAAGAAGUCGGCGUCGUACAAAUUUAAUGUUCUUUUGACUACUUAUGAAAUGGUUCUCGUUGAUUCCCCUUUUCUGCGUGGGAUUCCCUGGGAAGUUCUUGUGGUUGAUGAGGGACACCGUCUUAAAAAUGCUAGUAGUAAGCUCUUUAGCAUGCUCAACACAUUCUCGUUCCAGCAUCGAGUGCUAUUGACUGGUACUCCUCUUCAGAACAACAUUGGCGAGAUGUACAACUUAUUAAAUUUUUUGCAGCCAUCUUCAUUUCCUUCACUAUCGUCAUUCGAAGAGAAGUUUAAUGAUCUUACAACAGCAGAAAAGGUGGAAGAAUUGAAGAAGCUUGUUGCUCCGCACAUGCUUCGCAGGCUGAAAAAGGAUGCUAUGCAAAAUAUUCCUCCUAAAACUGAAAGAAUGGUUCCUGUUGAGUUAUCUUCUAUUCAGGCAGAAUAUUACCGUGCAAUGCUUACAAAGAACUAUCAGCUUCUUCGCAACAUUGGGAAAGGAGUUGCACAACAAUCGAUGCUGAAUAUUGUUAUGCAGUUAAGAAAAGUUUGCAACCACCCGUAUCUCAUACCAGGAACUGAGCCUGAAUCUGGGUCACUAGAAUUUCUUCAUGAAAUGAGGAUAAAGGCUUCUGGAAAGCUGACUCUUCUGCACUCUAUGCUCAAAAGUUUGCAUAAAGAAGGUCACAGAGUCCUCAUAUUUUCACAGAUGACGAAGCUUCUAGAUAUUCUGGAGGAUUACUUGGCAAUUGAGUUUGGGCCAAAAACAUAUGAGAGAGUUGAUGGUUCUGUUGCUGUGGCUGAUCGUCAAGCAGCAAUAGCGCGGUUUAAUCAGGACAAAAGUCGAUUUGUAUUCUUAUUAUCAACACGCUCUUGUGGCCUGGGGAUCAAUUUGGCUACUGCGGAUACUGUUAUUAUCUAUGAUUCUGACUUCAAUCCACAUGCAGAUAUCCAGGCGAUGAAUCGGGCUCACCGUAUUGGACAGUCAAAGAGACUUCUAGUGUACAGGCUAGUAGUUCGUGCCAGUGUUGAAGAACGGAUACUUCAGCUUGCCAAGAAGAAGUUGAUGCUUGAUCAGCUUUUUGUGAACAAAUCAGGAUCCCAAAAGGAGGUUGAAGAUAUCCUUCGAUGGGGAACAGAAGAACUUUUCAUUGAUUCCUCUAGCAUGUCAGAAAACGAUGCUGUUGAAGAUGAAACAGUUCCUGAAGUAGAGCAUAAGCGCAGGAGGACUGGUAGCCUGGGUGAUGUGUAUAAAGAUAAGUGUACGAAAGGCAGCACUAAGAUUGUUUGGGAUGAAAAUGCCAUUUCAAAAUUGCUUGACCGUACAAAUCUUCAGUCAGAUUCAGCUGAUAACAAUGAGGCAGAACUGGAGAAUGAUAUGCUUGGUUCAGUGAAGUCAUUGGAAUGGAACGAGGAAGGUGCAGAAGAGCAAGUUGGAAUAGCAUCACAUAUGGUGGUGAGUGAAGACACUUGUGUACAAAAUGUAGAGAAGAAAGAGGAUAACAUGGUUGGUAGCACUGAAGAAAAUGAGUGGGACAAGCUUCUAAGAGUGAGAUGGGAGAAAUAUCAGAGCGAGGAGGAAGCAGCUCUUGGUCGAGGCAAGCGUCUAAGGAAAGCUGUUUCUUACAGGGAAGCAUAUGCUUUACCCCCCAGUGAAACAUUAAAUGAGAGUGGUGCGGAAGAGGAGCAGGAGCCUGAGCCUGAACCAGAGCGAGAAUACAGUGCGGCAGGACGAGCAUUGAAGGCAAAAUAUGCUAAGCUUCGCGCUAGGCAAAAAGAACGGCUGGCCCGGAGAAAUGCAAUUGAAGCGUCUGGCCCCAUGGAAGGACUGGCUGGACAAGAGUCUCUCUGUCAUCUCCUUCCUCAGCAAGCUCAUGAUGUGAAUCCAAUAAAUGUACCAUUGCAAAUCCGGGAAGAGAAACAUGCAUCUAUGAACUUGGAUAACAAUAGCUUUCUUAAAUCAUUGAAGGCACAGAAAAACAUGGCUGACUCAACCUUAAGGUUGGGAAAGUUGAAACAUAAAUUGAACGAUAACAUAGAUGUUCUAGUUAAGACAAGUGGUCAUCCUCUUCCAGACAUUCCCCAGUCAAGUAAUCAUGCACAAGAGAUGAGCUGCAUCAAUUCAGUGGCCAACGAACACCUUUUACCGGUUCUGGGACUAUGUGCUCCUAAUGCUCAUCAGGUGGAGGCACCACAGAGGAACUUUUCAAAGUCAAACAACAGGCAACACAGACAAGGAUUGGGACUGGAGUUCCCAAAUAUUGCUCCUCGCUCUAAGCUUUCAAGUGAAAUGGUUGCUAAACGGCAGGAAAACUUCUCCGGGAGAUUCAAAUUGCCAGAUCUUCCCCUCGAUCCUUCACAACAGCCUCCAAAGAGUAGCUUACCUGAUUCUUAUCUUCUAUUCNGCUCAUUACAUCCUCCAUCUGUUAUGCCAGAAAGAGGUUCUGCUGGUAAUUUCAAGAAUUCUGGUGCUACUUUAUCUGAUAUUCAAGCAAAGACAGGAUUGCCCAAAUCUUUUGAUGAGCCAUUUUUACCAAGAUACCCAUUUCCUGCCAUGAACAUGCCCCAUCCACCCUCUGACUUGUUUCCCAGCUUGUCUUUGGGAUCAAGAUUUGCAGAUUUGAAUGAGUCUAGCCACGAGCAUCCUGUACUACCGAUUUUGCCCAAUCUCAAGUUUCCACCUCAUGAAUCAUCUAGGUUUAACCCACAAGAGCAACAGAUUCCUCCAGUACUGGGGUUAGGGCAGAUGGCGUCGUCAUCAUCAUUUCCCGAAAAACAUAGGAAGGUUCUUGAAAACAUUAUGCUGAGAACUGGGUCAGGAUCAGGAUCAGGAUCAGGCAACCUACUCAAAAGGAGAAACAAACUGGACAUUUGGUCUGAAGAUGAACUGGAUUAUCUCUGGAUUGGUGUACGUAGAUAUGGAAGGGGCCAUUGGGAUGCCAUGCUACGAGAUCCCAAGUUAAGAUUUUCUAAGUAUAAAACUCCUGAAGAUUUGUCAAUUAGGUGGGAAGAGGAGCAGCUCAAGAUCUUGGAGGGGCCACCACUACCUGCACCUAAACCAUCCAAGCCUACCAAAGUGGGAAAAUCAAGCUUCUUCUCAGGCAUUUCCGACGCAAUGAUGGCUCGAGCAUUGCAUGGUUGUAAACUAAAUGAGCAGCUCUUUCCAACACACCUAACAGACAUGAAAUUGGGAUUUGGUGAUCUGUCUUCAAGCUUCCCAAAUUUGGAACCUCCUGAGCAACUUGGUCUGAAUAACAAUCAUUUCGCACAUCUUCCAACUCCCAGCACUGACAAGUAUCGUGUGAACAUUUCUCGAGAUUUUAAUGUGGGGUCCUCUGACAGACCAGGGCCAUCCUCAGGCUCUCUUAUGGAGUCGCCGUUUCUGCUGAAUUCGUUGGGCAGCAGUAGCUUGGGCCCUCUUGGUUUGGGUGGCCAGAAUAGGUUUGACUUGAAAAAGGAGAAUGACAUUGGUGCAAGCAGAUUUGUUAAAUUGCCUAACCUUCUUGACAGGUCAUCAAAUAUCUCACAUGAUUCGCAUAACAAUGGGGGAGUUGGUGUAUCCAGCAAUCUUCCAUCGCUUCCUGAACUUAAUAAAGGUCAGAAUGUUUCUCAAUCAAAGGGCAAGGAAGUGGCAGAAUGUAGUUCACCGAAGAAUAAGCUACCACAUUGGCUUCGUGAAGCAGUGAAUACUCCAGCAAAACCUCCUGAACCCGAUUUACCACCAACUGUCUCUGCAAUUGCUCAAUCAGUUCGCUUGCUAUAUGGGGAGGAGAAGCCCUCCCUCCCUCCAUUUGUUAUUCCUUCUCCACCUCCAUCUCGACCCAGGGACCCGCGGUUGAGCUUGAAAAAGAAAAAGAAGAAGAAACACGGACUGCAAGUGAUGAGGCAGUUCCAGAAAGAUUUUGCAGGAAUUAGUGACGUCCAGGGUAGCUCACAUGGUGAGGGUAUCGCUGGAAUGAGUGGUCAACAAGAUCCAUCAUUCCCUUUGCUUUCUAGAAUGAUGGCCAGAACCUCAGGACUCCCUUCGGUUGAAGCUAACCUUCAUAUGCCUCCUCCAAGUCUAUAUGCCAACCCUUCAACUAGUUCAGUUAAUACAUUUCACCUAAAAAAGACGAGUGCUGGAUUGUCUCCCUCACCCGAAGUGCUUCAAUUGGUUGCAUCCUGUGUUGCACCAGGUCCACCUAUUGCUACUAGUUCAUGUUUACUUGAAAAUAUGGUCCCUCGCCGUAAGUCUGUUGAUAAGGUUGCAUCGUCUGACACCCAAGAUUCACAUGGAAAGCAGAAAACAAAUCAGGUCUCAGCUCCUAGUACAUGGGGUCCAUUUCAAGCGGAGAAAGAAGAAGUUGAAACUGAUAGUGGGGAUUCUAGCAAAACUCAGUCAGAUCCUGCUCGAGCUAGACAGGUAGACGUAGAGGAAAUAUCAUCUGAAGGGACAGUCUCGGAUCAUCGGACAGAUGACUGUGAACCAUAGCUCUUUCCUAUGGGGAGUUAAUUGUAAUCAUCUCUCACCGUGUAACUGAAAGUCUCUAAACCUCCAUUAUUCUCAGUUUUUGUAGGGCAGGAUUCAGUUAAAGUAGCAAAUACAGUACAGGUUAGACCAAUUAUUAUGUAAAGCUUGUGUAAGAGAAGAGAAAAUGUAGAAGUUAGCAUAUAAUGUUGUCGUCGUUCUUAGAGUCGCAAGGUUUUCACCUUGUAAGACUUGUCUACCCUAGGGAGCUGGAUUCAGCAUUUGAUUUAGGACUUCCUAAGUGUCAAAAAUGAGGCUCAUGUUAGCAAAUUUUGCUUGUAUGUAUUUUAUGCAAAGUGGUGUCUGGAAUAUACAAUUCUCCUAUCUUUAUCACUGUUGAUUUAGCAGGUAGAGAUGUUGUGGCUAUGUGGAAAUA